UAGCUAGCUGGUCCCAUGGCGAGCUCACUUGUUUUUGUUUCGUGGAUGGUUUUAGGACUUGUAAUGGCUACUUCAACUGCCCGAGUUGAAUCCGCCAGGGCAUUUUUUGUGUUCGGUGAUUCCCUUGUUGACAAUGGCAACAACAAUUUCUUAGCAACCACUGCUCGAGCCGAUUCGCCGCCUUACGGCAUUGAUACCCCCAACCGUCGUCCCACCGGUCGCUUCUCGAACGGCAAAAACAUCCCCGAUUUCAUCAGUGAAGCACUUGGUUCAGUGCCAACAUUGCCAUACUUGAGUCCAGAGCUCAGGGGAGAUAGGCUACUUGUUGGGGCCAACUUUGCUUCAGCUGGCAUUGGGAUCCUCAAUGACACUGGCAUCCAAUUUAUAAACAUUAUCAGAAUGUACAAGCAAUUGAAGUACUUUGAACAAUACCAGGCCCGGUUGACUGACCUCGUCGGGUACGACGAAGUGAGACGGAUCGUAAACGAUGCACUCAUACUCAUCACCGUCGGCGGCAACGAUUUCGUUAACAACUACUACUUGAUUCCAUUCUCUCCGAGAUCUCGCCAGUUCAGUCUACCAGAUUAUGUUCGAUACCUGAUCUCUGAGUACAAGAAACUUCUAAUGAGGCUGUAUGAUCUAGGAGCUCGGAAGGUUCUGGUGACCGGGACAGGACCAAUGGGUUGUGUUCCGGCAGAAUUAGCCAUGAGGAGUCCAACCGGUCAGUGUGCCGCCGAAUUGCAACGAGCUGCGGCUUUGUACAAUCCACAAUUGGUUAACAUGAUAAAUGAACUCAACAGCCAGUAUGGUUCAAAUAUUUUCAUUGCUGCUAAUACACAACAGCAAACCACUGAUUUCAUUAAUGACCCUGCAGCCUAUGGAUUUACCACAUCAAAGGUAGCUUGUUGUGGCCAAGGACCCUACAAUGGCUUGGGACUAUGUACCGUGGUAUCGAAUCUGUGCCCAAACCGAGACGAAUAUGCUUUCUGGGAUCCGUUCCAUCCUUCGGAGAGGGCGAACGGCAUAAUUGUGAACAUGAUCUUGAGUGGUUCGGCUAAUUACAUGAGCCCCAUGAACCUCAGUUCUCUCUUAGCUUUGGACACCAAAACCAAGACAUAGUUAAUUAGUUAGCAUUCUAAUAAGGAUAGUGAGCCUUUUGUGUUGAACCAUUAAUGUUGUUCGUUUGCUUUGCAUGGAUGCUUCUAUGAUUUUGAUUAUUAUGGCGUUGUGGUUUGAAUAAUUUGCAAUUAUGUA